AGUUAAUUAUCAUCCUUAUACACAUAUUAUAUGUAUGAUGAUCAAAUGUGAACAUAAUUUCAAAUUAUUCAUCAUCAACAUUUUAAAUUGUUACCAAUCAACUUUAUCCAAUUGUUAAUUGUUACUCUAUUACAUAUACUUUGUAUUAAUUGUUAAUUGUGAUUUGUUUACAAUCAAUGUAUUUAAAUGAAAAAUGUAUCUACAGUUGAACAAUUCAAUGUUAAUUUGUCUAAUCAUAUUUGGAUUUGUCCAUGUUAAUCAAUCUUGUGAUCCAGGAUUUUUCCCAUGUAAUGAUUCAGAUAUUUGCAUUGAACAACGAUUAAAUUGUAACAAUGAGCCUGAUUGUCCUGAUGGAUCAGAUGAAGAGCAUUGUGAGGAUAAUCAUAAGCGUGAAUAUUGGGAUAAACUGUUUCGAAAGCGACCUGAUGAAGAUCGUGAGAAAAAAAAUUCGACCAAAUGUUCAAUGAGAAAUAUUCCCGAUGAAUGUUCGUGUUCAAUGUACAACGUUUUCUGUGAACAGCAAAAUCUUGACAAAAUUCCUAGAAUUCCAAGCGAAGCCAGGAUAUUAGAUUUAUCUGGAAAUCGUAUUGAAAGAUUGAGGAAAAACAGUUUUCCCAAUUUGCCUCGACUGAAAACACUUAUAUUAACCUCAACAGAGAUACAAGUAAUUGAGAAAGAUGCCUUUGCCAAUUUGCCAAAUUUAUCAUCUCUUUUCAUGUCCGGUAAUCAAUUGUGGACAAUUAAUAAUAAAAUUUUUUCAAACAAUUCAAAUCUAAUCUUACUUUUCUUGUCACAUAAUCCGAUACAUUUACUAAAAAACCAAUCAUUUACUGGAUUAACUUCAUUGGAGGAGCUUGAUUUACGUAAUUGUCGAUUGUCCAAAUUUCCGAAACGUGUUUUCGAUCCGUUGUUAAAGUUACAAACUUUACUUCUCGAUGGUAAUCAAAUAACUAAUUUACCGAGUAAAUUGUUUAAAUCACUCAACAAUCUCCAAGUACUAUCAUUGACCAAAAAUCGUAUAAAUGUAAUUCAAGAUUCUAAUUUUAUUGGUUUAAUAUCAUUACGAUCAUUAUCACUAUCAAUCAAUAACAUGGAAGAGCUCAAGGAUAAUUCAUUUGGUAAUUUAACAACUUUACUUAAAUUAGAUCUAAGGAAAAAUAAGCUUAAACUAUUGGAAGCCAAUGUUUUCACCAAUCUAAGUGACCUAGAAUCAUUAGAUCUUCGGAAAAAUGUGAUCAAAAAAUUACCUGCAAAUAUAUUUGAAAAUCUUCAAUCGUUAACUCACAUUUAUUUUGACGAAUUUCGUUUAUGUUCAUAUGCUCUUCAUGUUCGAGUUUGUGAACCUCGAGGUGAUGGAAUAAGUAGCUUUCAGCAUCUAUUGGAUAACAUUGUCCUUCGAUUUAGCGUUUGGGUUGUCGCUUUUAUCGCCUGUGUGGGUAACGUUUUCGUAUUAAUUGGACGAAUGCUAAUGCACGAACCCAAUCAGGUUCACUCGUUUUUCAUCAAAAAUUUAGCCUUUGCCGAUCUUCUAAUGGGCAUUUACUUAUUUAUAAUCGCUUAUUAUGACGCUUCCUUUCGUGGUCAAUAUAUUAAACACGAAGACGCUUGGAGACAUUCAUGGCAAUGUAACUUGUCCGGUUUUCUGUCCACUUUAUCCUCCGAAUCCUCUGUUUUCAUACUGACAGUUAUAACGGUUGAUCGAUAUGCUUCCGUUAUCUAUCCCUUAAGUCAAAAAAGGCGGACUAAAAGUUUCGCAAUCGGCUGUAUGAUCAUCAUUUGGUUAGGCGCUGUUAUUUUAGCUCUACUUCCUCUAUUGACUGAUGACCUUUUCGGCGAUGAAUUUUAUGGUAACAAUGGUGUUUGUCUUGCCCUCCAAAUUCAUGAUCCAUUCAGUAAAGCUUGGGAAUAUUCAACCUUCCUCUUCUGUGGCCUCAAUUCGGGUGCAUUUAUUUACAUCACUUACGCUUAUAUCAAUAUGAGCUUGACCAUUGCAUCUUCACGUCUUGGACUACGAACAACUCAACAGCAACAAGAUCGAUGUAUAACUAAACGAUUUGGUUUUAUUGUUGCAACUGAUUGUCUCUGCUGGUUACCAAUUGUGAUCAUCAAAAUACUUGCCCUUGCAGGUGUACCGAUAAAUGAUGAUCUUUAUGCUUGGGUUGCAGUUUUCCUACUUCCAGUUAAUUCAGCACUUAAUCCAGUUCUGUAUACACUGACGACGAAACUAUUUAAGCAACAUUUUGCUCGGAUCAUUGCUUAUGGACUUCAAAGGAGCAGUUCACCUGGAGGUGAUAAUAAUUCAGGUAUUCAGGAGGCUGGACAUAGUAAUGGGUCAACCAAAGAAGAUCUCAGGUCACCAUCAAAAGAUUCAUCGUUUUCGAAUGGAUUUAGUUUCCGAAAAUAUUGCAUAUCAGAACAAUUGUCCAUCUUUAAUCGAGACAAAAGUACAGAUGAUGACGAUGGACGAACGGACACUUUUUGACCUUUUUUUUUAUUCACGAAAAUGAUUAAUCACAAUAAUGACCAAUGGUCAACAAAAAAAAAACGUAACAAGAGGAUUUUGAAUUUUCUGCCAACAAAAAUCAAUUUUAAAAUCUAAUCCAUAAUAUUGACCAUUUGAUAUAAUUAAACUCAACAGAGGAAACAAUCAGUUUAAUUGUUUACUGUUUGAAAAUAUUUAAAUCACAAUUAAUUAUAUAUUUAAAACUUGUUUGCUUAUUUAAAUUGGUCACUCAAUUUGAGUAAAUGUCCAAUAUUAUUAUUAUAUCAUAUUGAUAUUAUUUGUUAA